CUCGUCACCACACCAAGUUUAGUCCGGGAGGCUGCUGCCGGGACGGAGAAGACCAAAACCUUCGUGUAUUUAUUGUCAUGAGCAGACUUCGUGUCCCGGCUAACCGUGGACGAGAGCGGAACCAUAUCGUCACUGCUCCAGGACUCAAGCGGAGCCUCUACGGUGUAGCACGCUGUCAAAACGUAAAGCCACGGCCGUGCGGGAGGUAACGUCUUCGGGGAAAAACUUUGAACGUCCGCAUCUGUCAGGGUGGGGGGGCCACCAGGUAGUUUCUUCACAGCCUUGGUAACUCAGGGGAAGUCGGCGGGUUCUGCUGUCGUGGCGCACUGAGCAGAUCCAUCGUGUGCCCCGGUAGACGAGCGUUAUUUCUGUUAUGGAUGGCGUGGUGAUGGUGGAGGAGGAGGAGGAGGAGGAUGCUUGCCCAGAGCUGGUGCCCAUUGAUACGCAGCCUGGUCCUCCUGCAGAGCAGAUACCCGUCACCAUCAUCACGGGCUACCUCGGUGCUGGGAAGACCACACUCCUGAACUACAUAUUAACAGAGCAACACAACAAGCGGAUUGCAGUCAUACUCAACGAAUUUGGAGAGGGCAGCGCCCUGGAGAAGUCCCUCGCAGUGAGCCAGGCAGGAGAGCUGUAUGAGGAGUGGCUGGAGCUGAGAAAUGGCUGCCUCUGCUGCUCCGUCAAGGACAAUGGUCUCAAAGCUAUCGAGAACCUGAUGGAGAAGAAAGGAAAGUUUGACUAUAUCCUGUUAGAAACCACAGGACUUGCUGAUCCAGGAGCUGUGGCCUCCAUGUUCUGGGUGGACGCAGAGCUCGGCAGUGACAUCUAUUUGGAUGGCAUCGUCACCGUCAUUGAUGCCAAGUAUGGACUACAGCAACUAAUAGAGGAAAAAGCAGAUGGACUCGUCAAUGAAGCAGUAAGACAGAUUGCUCUUGCUGACCUGACCAUUAUCAACAAGACAGACCUGGUGAAUGAGGAGCAACUAAACCAAGUCAGAGACACUGUCAGAUCGAUAAACGGUCUUGUCAAGAUUCUAGAAAGCCAGAGAUCAAGGGUGGAUCUCUCUGAAGUUCUGGAUCUGCAUUCCUUUGACAGUAAGGAUGGAGCAAAUCUAGCAGAGAAGCUCCAGCUUGUGAAACCCACGAGGCCUCAUCUUGACCAGAGUAUUUUAACUGCGACGUUUGAAGUGGCUGGAGAUCUCUCCGAGGACGCCUUGAAUAUUUUCAUCCAGGAUCUCUUAUGGGAAAAGAUGUUCAAAAACAAAGAAGGGCAACCCAUGAUCGUCAUCCGGUUAAAGGGCCUAGUAUCAUUUGCAGGUAAAGCCCACCAAGUGAUGCUGCAGGGGGUCCACGAGCUGUACGAGCUGAAUGAGACUCCACAGCUCUGGGAGGAGAACCUGCGGAUCAACCGACUGGUCUUCAUAGGUAGGAACCUGGACAAGGACGUUCUUCGGGAGCAGUUCAUUUCUACAGUCGUGCAAGGGGCAGAGAGAAAUUAGCUAGAAGCUCUUCUCUCCUCUUCAACUCAAAAACUGAUUCUGGAGCAGAGGUUGUGGCUUUGGCCAUCCAUAAAUCUGGCGCUGUGUUUCAGAUGUUCAUUCCUUUCUCUCUCAUGAGGAUGAGGUAUGUCAAAGGAUGGCUAAGGUGCCUGUAGUGAUCAAGACAGCAGUUUAAAAUUGUGAUAAUCCAUCAAAACCAGCUUUAAAACCUACGGUAUAUCACAGGAAGAGUAUUUAUGUUGCUGUAGUGCCUGAGCUAAAUGCUGUGUGACGUGCUUCUCACCCUGGAAACUUACCAAACAUGGCCUCUAUCAAUAAACCCUGGAGAGAAAAAAAAAAAAAAAAAACUAAAAAAUGUGCGCACA